CUUUUCCUUCAUUUUUUUCAAGAUCCCUCGUGUUUCCCUUUGCCAACAGGAACCGUUAAAGUUCAAAUUACGGCAUCACUGGACAGAAAGUUUAUGACACCGCGAUACUCGUACUGUACAACUGUACAGAGUAAGAUUUUAACCCCCCCGGAUAGAAGUGGAAAUAUAUCUAUAUAUAUAUAAGUGUGUGUGUGUAUAGACAUAGGGGGAGGGUGGGGUGCUCAUAUUGCAGGAAAUCACUCAUAUCCUGAAAACCAGCUCACUAAGUAGUAGUGUGAUGGCCCCGGUCUCCUGAUUUCGGCUAAUCAAAGUUAUCUGCCACAUUCGAGCAAGAUGACAAGUCGGCAGCGGGAAGAAAACUUUGCAUUACUUUCUUUUUUCAUGAUAUUCAUCAGCGUUUGUUUCAUGCCACUUCCGACACGAUGUGAAGAGAAAAAUAUGGAGGUACCGAGGCCUAAGGUCUUCAUAAAAAAGUCUAGUCAUUAUGAAAUAAUUACACCACUUCUACUUCAAGAAAAAGAAUACCAGUCAGCAGAAUUGAGCUAUCCCCCAUUUCUGAAGUUAUUGAUUGAGGCUGAAGGCGAACAGCUGCUCCUGACUCUGGAGAAAAACGAGGGACUUCUUUCCAGCCAUUAUACUGAAAGACACUACAUGGAGGAUGGAAGAGCUAUCACUGUGAAUCGAAAUUCUACGGUGCACUGCUACUACCAUGGGACCGUCCAAGGCCAUGCAUAUUCUGCAGUUAGCCUCAGUACCUGUUCUGGAUUCAGGGGAUUCAUCUCACUUGAAAAUAAUUCUUUUAUACUGGAACCGGUUAAAGGUGCUACAAAUGGUUCACACUUGAUCUUCAGGGCUGAACAGCUGAAGUUUUCUCAAGGGACUUGCGGACACAAUUUUAACAUUUCAGAUGCAUUUCCAGAAAGAAGCAAAACAGUCAUCAAUAUGUUUUCUAGCAGGUACAAGAGGGACAUAAAAAAGACAACGAAAUAUGUGGAACUGGUUAUUAUAGCCGACAACCGAGAGUUUCAGAGGCAUGGAAAAGAUGUUGAAAAAGUUAAACAACGUUUGAUUGAGAUUGCCAAUUAUGUGGAUAAGUUUUAUAGACCUUUGGAUAUCCGAGUUGCACUUGUUGGACUUGAAGUUUGGAGUGACAUGGAUAAAUGUUCGAUUACACAGGAUCCUUUUACUACACUGCAUGAAUUCCUAGACUGGAGAAAGAAUAAACUACUGCCACAGAAACCUCAUGACAAUGCCCAGCUAGUCAGUGGAAUCUACUUCCAAGGGACCACCAUUGGCAUGGCUCCUAUAAUGAGCAUGUGCACUACAGAGCAAUCAGGCGGAAUUGUUAUGGAUCACUCAGAUAAUCCUCUAGGUGCAGCAGUAACACUUGCACAUGAAUUGGGACACAACUUUGGUAUGAACCAUGACACCCCUGAAAGAGGAUGCAGCUGCCGGGCAACUCCAGAUAAAGGAGGAUGCAUCAUGGCUCCUUCUACUGGGUUCCCUUUCCCUACAGUGUUCAGCAGCUGCAGUAAAAAAGACCUUGAAGUGAGUCUUCAGAAGGGAGUGGGCAUGUGCCUCUUCAACAUGCCAGAAAUCAAAGUGCUUUAUGGAGGCCAAAAAUGUGGAAAUGGCUAUGUCGAAGCAGGAGAGGAGUGUGACUGCGGUGAGCUAGAUGAAUGUACAAACCCUUGCUGUAAUGCCACCACUUGCACUUUGAAGAUGGAUGCAGUUUGUGCACAUGGUCAAUGCUGUGAUGCUUGUAAGCUGAAACCAGCAGGUACUCCAUGCAGGGAAUCCAGUAAUGCAUGUGAUCUUCCUGAAUUUUGCACAGGAGCCAGCCCACACUGUCCUGCCAAUGUCUACUUGCAUGAUGGCCAUGCAUGCCACAUGAUUGAUGGGUACUGUUAUAAUGGAAUCUGUCAGACCCAUGAGCAGCAAUGCAUAACGCUCUGGGGACAGGGUGCUAAGCCGGCUCCUGGGAUCUGUUUUGAAAGAGUAAACUCUGCAGGUGACCCAUAUGGAAACUGUGGGAAGAACUCCAAGGGAUCAUUUAUGAAAUGUGAAACGCAGGAUGCCAAGUGCGGAAAAAUUCAAUGUCAAGGUGGAGCCAACCGUCCAGUAAUUGGCACAAAUGCUGUUUCCAUAGAAACCAACAUUCCCUUACAAGAAGGUGGACGAAUCUUAUGCCGUGGCACACAUGUCUAUUUGGGCGAUGACAUGCCUGAUCCUGGACUUGUGCUUACCGGCACCAAGUGUGGAGAGAGUAUGAUGUGCCUUAAUCGUCAGUGCCAAAAUGUCAGCGCAUUUGGAGUUCAUGAAUGUGCUUCAAAGUGUAACAGUCAUGGGGUGUGUAACAAAAAGAACUGCCACUGUGAAGCUGAAUGGUCUCCUCCGUACUGUAACACACCUGGAUUUGGUGGCAGCAUUGACAGUGGGCCUAUGAGGCUUGCAAAUGACAGCAGAAUAACAAUUGGCAUACUGGUGACUAUUCUAAUGCUAAUCACUGCUGCAACUGGCUUCUUUUUGAAGAAGAAAUCACUAAUUAAGUUUCUGUUUACAAACAGGAAAACAACAAUAGAAAAGUUAAGGUCUGUCGCACCAACAAGACCUUCUAGUCCAGAUCAAAUCAGAAGACAUCAAAAGUCCCAGAAUUUCAAUAUUUACAAGCUGUCUCAACAUGAUGCUUCUGAAAAGCUCCUUUAUCCCAAAGCAGAGGAGAGCACUGACAUAAGGAAACUGAAAUACCAGCCAACCCACAUCAGUAAUCCAAGUCCUUUGCCACGUCCUGUAACUGUGACAUCACAACGAGUCCUACCAACUCUAAGCCAGUCCCAGGAGCACAUGCUGAUUAAGAGCCUACAGUCGCAUCCCUCUUUCAGGCAAAUGCAGGCAUCAUCAAAGCCUACUCCUCCUCGGAAGCCUCUUCCUGCAGAUCCUCUGAGCAGAACCUCCCGCGUAAACAAGAACUCAGACGCAGCAUCCAAAAUUUCACUUCCAGUGCCUCAAACAAUGCAGCCAGUGAGACCUGCACCCAGACUUCCUCCAAAACCCAGCAAUGUUGCUUAUCUGAAGUGACGCACAAUGGCAGUUUGAAGACAAAUUUGCACUAUGCUAAGACUUGAGUUAAUGAACGUAAGCAUUAAAGUUAGACGUUGUGUCUCUCGGAUUCUAAAUCGGGACUCUGAGCUGACUCUUGUGGUGCUCUGUCUAAUCCAGGUGCUUUGUGUCUUUGCUCAGGUACUUGUUAAAUGUAUUUAAUAUGUAAUAUUUAUUAUAAUUUCAAUGAGGUGCACUGUGUUAGACACUUUUGAUGGAAUCAUUUUUGUGAUUUUUUUUUUUUGGAAACUUGAACCAUCAUGCUAUUUUUGCACCAUAGUGAAAUAGCAUUUUAUUACUAUCAUUGUAUGUUUUUUUUAACCAAAAAGACAGAAUUAAAUUCAGAGAGCUUUGUUCCCAUCUGUGAAUAAUGUGAAAAAUUUUGAAGAGACUCAUAUACUGUAUGCAUUUAAUAUAUUAGGGCACACCGUGAUAAUCUGGCAUGCAAAACAGGCUGGUACUUGAUGCCAAUAUGUGCCAUACAAUCAAUUGUUUUUUCUUUAAUUUUAAAAGACGAUUGCAACUAAACAGGAUGGCACAUACCAGUAGCUAGAAUCGAAAUAGCUGCUGCUUUUGUUAGUUAGGUGUAUUCUAUAGGUUGGACAGCUCCUCCACAGUGCAUGUCAAAUGCAGUUUGAUAGAAAUCACUGGAAAGCCCAUGCUCAGAACGCAAAUUGCUCCUCAGAAAGGAAACUGAUGAUCCCAUCUGACGUUAAUUAGUGAGAAAUGGGAAAAUAGAAAAGUAGUAAUACCCGAAUCCUAGGGUGAUUUCAAUAAAUUGCCAUCGGCCAUACAAUUAGAAGGAAAGUAGCAGCUCAUUACCGCAAUAUGUAUUUGCAAAAACUUUAAUCCGAGUAAUUGGCAACUCAUAUUUGGUUCCUUAAGAAUGAGCGUGGGGGUGUGUGUGUGUGUGCGUGUGUGUGUGUGUGUGAAUGUGCCCUGUGAUAUACUAGUGGCUCAGUUUAGGUUUGGAUCCUGCUUUGCAUUAAAUAAUACUAGGAUAGGCCCUGGCCCCUGUGACCCUGAAUUGAAUAAGGGGGGAGAGGGGAUUAGAAAAUGAGUGGAAGAAUGAAAAAAUGAAUGAAUCCAUUAGAAUCUGUUCUGCUCACUUG